AUGGCGAGUCCCGCUGCAGCCUCCUUAUACCCUCCCCCUCGACCCUACCGACGAUUUCUGACCUCUGCUCUCCAUAAACGAUUUGUGCACGCUGCAUUGAUCACUCUCCUCAUCGCCCUUGACAAUGCUUUUUGGCUCGGUUCAAAGAAGAAAGACAUAUUCUGGUCAUGGUUUCCUUUCGGACCUGCGGGAAUCAAGGCGUUGCUUUUUUUCAUGUCCAGCCUGUUCAUCUUCAUCCUGCAGAUAGCCACCCUCAAUAUCGGCAGACAGACGACAACUUCUCCUUUUGCGACAUUGAGAACCAACUUUUUCAGCGCAUCAGCAGUGCAGACAUUGUUCUGGUACUUGGUCUCGGGAUGGUGGUUCACUGAAGCCUAUAUUUGGUCCUCUCCACACCUUGGCUGGAUCACAAGGGGGAACUACAACACCCCCGACGUUCUGAACGAGAAACCCAUUUUCUUCCGAUUUUACGCCUUACUUCUUGCGAUCACAUAUGCAGGAGUUCAUCUCUAUCGCGGAAAUUCAACACUCCUCAUCCCCGUCUCAAAACUCCCCAGCAAGACGCACCCUGACACCCAAGCGCAAGACACCCACCCAAUCAAGCCGAUUCACACGCAACUGCAACGUAAGAUGCUUCCUGUGCUCACGGAGACUAUUGUCAUACCAGGAGUCAUGAUUGUUGUGGCCCCAUUUAUUUACGGCAUCUUCCUACGAAACAUCUUCUGGCGACUACAUCUUGCGAUGGCAAAACCGUUCUUCAACUUGUCGAGAGCAAACGCCCGACCGGUAGGGUAUCCUCCUCUAAGGCCCGACUAUCUUUUCCUAUCCUUCGGUGCCGGGUUUCUUCUCAUUCUGACAUGGGAGUUGACUUCUCUUCUCUUCGUGAUUUACCUCAACCAACAACCCACAAAGUCGGGAUUGCCGCUAUCCGCUUCUAGCAAAGAUCCAAACGGAACACUUCUUAACGGGUUAAAAGCCAAACGAGAUGUCGUGAGAACCUUUGCCUUUUGGGAGCUUGCUAUCAUUGCCCACAAACACAAGGAACGAAGAAAGGCCAUUUUUGAAGAUAUCGAACGACCCACUGGGCCGAUGUGGAGCCAAAUGGUACAGGCUGGGUUGAAAAUCUUGCAAGACGUGCAGACUCGCAUUGUUGGACCUCCAGCGGUAGCACCACAGCCCAGCGCUGCCGACCAAGUCAAAUCUCUGCCACGCAUCGUUCCCGAAGUACCGACCCAAUCCAUCUUUCAAGCAAGCCCGCAACCAGGCGUGGGAGAAAGAUUGCUGGCAAAUUCCUUUCGACAAAUUGGCAGUAGUAAACAGCCCUGGCGCCCACCCAUCGAGCAGACGGCAAAAUCAGUCGAGACAAAAUUGCUCGAAUACGCAAAACCGCCAGGUACAAAUCAAACCCCGGCCAAGAGCCUUGCAGAUCAAUGGAUGACUGCUUUAAAGCAGAGUCGUAUCGGCUGGUUCUUCACCCCCACCAACGCCGCGAAAAUCAACGCCAUGGUACUAGGAGCUCCCUAUGGGAACGCAGCAUUGAUCGUUGAUGUAAUUGAGUCGAUAUCCAAAAUGCAGGUUGCCAGUCUCACCGAAGAUACCUACGGCAAAGCCACUCCAACAGUGCCCGACACUGUGAGAACAUUUACCAAAACCCUAAACAUAAUCGAAGACUAUGUAUCAGAACACAAGCCAGACGUCACAGGUGAAAUUGAAGAAGUUGAAAUCAUCAUCACCAGAUUAAGGGCCGGGCUGAAGGAGCUGCUGUCAGCCUUUCAGGUAUAUUUAAUCGAUCAAGGUUUGGGUAUUGCCGACCUCAACCAGGCCAAAAAGGCAGUGCAAGCACCAGAUCCCGAGGAAGUGCAAGAAAAGCCUAAGCCCGGUGGCCUUGAACACCAAACGCAGAGGCGGCUAUUCCAGAAAGACACGCAAAAGGGUGGCGCAAAAGACAGGCAGCGGAUAUCAGAGGAUAAGAUUCACAGACUAGAGCCUUCGGGAUGGUCAGGAUCCAAUCCUCAGGGGGCCCGUUUGUUUCAGAGAAGAGAAAUGGAACAGGUCAGAUAG